CCUGCUGACAGUGUGGAGCUGAUGAGAGAGACAGAGAAGGUGGAGUGGGCCUCAGACAAACAUACAUAACAUAGCGGGGACUGGACUCUUUCGGCCCUGUGGCUGACUCCGGCUGGUGUGGUACCUCACCGCUCUGCGCAGGGAGGAGAGGGCCAGAGGGAUGAUAGAAGCGUAGAGGCGAAUCUGAGCCUGAAUGAAAAGAGCAACAUUGUGUUCACACGACCAGGCAGAGACCCAAUUAAGCGCCCCUUUAACUCGGAUACAGGGAGGCAAAGAGGAGACUCGGGAGUGGAGCUGAGACGAUCCUAACAUUAGGCAGCUAUGGCAGAUGCAGAGCUGGACUUUCAGACUGGUGAUGCCGGGGCAUCUGCCACUUACCCCAUGCAGUGCUCUGCUCUGCGAAAGAAUGGCUUUGUUGUGCUGAAAGGAAGACCCUGCAAGAUUGUUGAGAUGUCUACCUCCAAAACUGGCAAGCAUGGUCAUGCCAAGGUGCAUCUGGUUGGUAUUGACAUCUUCUCUGGGAAAAAAUAUGAAGAUAUCUGUCCUUCCACCCACAACAUGGAUGUCCCUAACAUAAAGAGAAUGGAUUACCAGCUGAUUGGGAUCCAGGAUGGCUACCUCUCUCUGCUACAGGACAGCGGUGAGGUGAGAGAGGACCUGAAGAUUCCUGAGGGAGAUUUGGGAAGAGAGAUCGAGAGCAAGAAUGAUGCUGGAGAGGAGAUCCUGAUUACUGUUCUUAAUGCAAUGGAUGAAGAAGCUGCAGUCGGCAUCAAAGCCCUGGGUAAAUAAGUCCCCACAGGUAAAUACAGAGCGGUGGUGCUGCAGAUGCCCCGAGCCUGCCCCCGAGGCCAUGUGUCUGUCUGUGUAAUAUAUGCGCGUCAAUGUCAAUGUGGGUUUGGGUGUCACACUACAGGGUAUAGCAUGAGCCCUCCCACUGCACUCUGUGAUGUGAUGUGAGCCUCUGCUGUGAAAAGGGGAAGGCAACUCUGAGCAGCAGCCAAGGUUGUCAUUAUUUACACUGCACAAAGCGAUAUCAAGGCAAGUUCGAAUGACUUGAAUUUAGAGCAGAUUCAACUUUACAAUUAGAAUGAGCUACCAAUGUGUUUUUCUUAAUUCAAGCAAUGUUUUGUUUCUUAUUUUAAGUACUAAGAGUUGUUGUUUUUCUUAUCUUAAGUGUAGCAUAUUAUUUUAAAUACAAAAAGUCUUGUUCCAUUGGUAGAUCAUUUUACUUGUCAAGUGAAAUUUAUUCAAAUUAUGAUAAAAAAUUCUUAAUUCAAGUAAUCUUAACUUGGUUAGAUUUAAGUUUUUGCAGUGUACCUCAACUGGACAGCACAUUUUGUUAUAUAUAUGUUAUAUGAUGUUUUACUGGGACAAAUGUUAAGAUUUUGUAUUAUAAUAUUGUUUUUCUUAUCUCAAUGCUUUUUUUUUUUUCUUGUUUCUUGUUUUCUGUUAUAUUUAAUAGUGGAGAUAUUGGUAAAGUCCUGUGUGUUACUGCGGAUUUGCCUACCCCUUAAUGUUCUGUAAUGUUGUUAAUGGUAUUGUGUGCAUGUUUGUUAUGGGGAUGACAGUUUCAUAUUUUCUUUAUUUAAGUUAACAUAAAAGGGUUGGUUCUGGGAUGGAAGUGUUUUAUUUUUUACCCAUGUCUAACUUUGUAGUCCAUUUGCAUCCUCAUAUGUUCAUAUGAGAUGGUUUUACAGGAGGUACUGGCUGUAACUAUUUGAUCUUUAAUGUUUCAAGUCUGCUAACUGUGGGUUCUAGACUAAAUUGCUCAUAUUAAAGCUUUUAUAGCAGAGUGAAAUAUCUGGUCCAGUCUGUCCGUUGUGCUACUUUUCCAUUUUCCUUUUCACCCGAUCUCUCUCUAAAUCUCAAAUCUUCCAUUUUAAUUCUUUUUCAGGGAUAACACGAUGCACUGGACCUGGGGCAAAGGAGGGGAUAUUGCCUCAUCUAUGCUAUCUUCCCUCUUUUUCUCGAUUUUGUCUGUUUUUCAUAUUUCCCCUUCUCCUUACCUGAUUUUUAUUUUAAAUUAGAGAUUAUUUAAUUAUUCAAUGAGAUAACUAUGGUGUGAAUGAAAAGUAAUUACUUACUAUAAGAAACUCAAGGUGUAUAAUACUGAUAAUACAUAGAAAAACAAGAGAUGCCUGAUUUACCAAGGGCUUCAAAAUCACCUCCAGUAUUCUGUUCAGUUUGUGCCACAGUUAGUUCACUGGCAUAGGUGCCAUACAUACCAGAGUGUAGCCUGGAAAAUUCAGACUGAAGUCCCCUGAGUGAAGUCAUGGCUGGCCAGGCUAAUCAGACUGUUUUUGCCUACAGGAAACAGAUCUCUCUGCUGCUUGUGGUACUUUCAUUAAACUGGCCUAUAAAACAGAGCUCACCAAGGUUUUGUUUGUUUUGUGGGGCUUCAAUGUGAAUAAAUCCAAUCAUGUUUUAACAUUCACGUUUUGACAGAUUCGACCAUAGAACUCUGAAUGAGCCAUUUAGAAAAUGAACUGUGUUGUUGUUGUUUGGUAUCACUACUUUUUGUUCAAAGACCAAACUGUUCAGAAUCUCUCAAUGGCCAAAAUAAAUAAAACUGUAAAACUGUUAAA